UAAUAUGCUCUCAAUGUUUUUAAAAAAAUGAUUGUGUAUAAUUCCAUCAAGAAAGCAUUUAAAAAAGCCACAGUAUAGUAUGGCGUAAGGAAAAUAUAUUAAAAAAAAUGUUUUACUGUCAUACAGGCCACCCAUGGAGCUCCCACCCAACUCCCCGCAUCCGGCACAAAUGUUAUUUAACAGGUGUAAAAUCCCUCUCUAUAUCUCCCUAAAUCCACCAACGUUUAAAGAGUUUUAUGCCAGAAAAGCUUUUAAAAUAAGUUUGUAUUAUACUGCAACUGCUCUGGAUGCAACUAUGAACUAUUACUGGGAGGGAGGGCGACGCCCCAAAACUUGUAACUGAGGUGCCACAUCCCACUGCACCCCCGGGUCCUUGUGAGGGUCAUUUUGGAGGAAGACAGCCCCUGAGAGAGCGGCAGUAUGAAGGGCAGCAUCGAGGGAAUCGAGAGAUUUGAGAGUCCGGUUAAAGGGCGAGGUCUCCGCGUUACUAGACCCUUUAAAGUUGGAGAGCUGCUGUUUUCCAGCCCGGCGUACUCUUCUGUGCUGACAUUAAAGGAGAGAGGCUGCUACUGUGAGUUCUGCUUCACCAGGAAAGAAGGUUUGGCAAGAUGCGGGAAGUGCAAGAAAGCCUUUUACUGCAAUGUGAAAUGUCAGAAAGGAGACUGGGCCAUGCACAAGCUGGAGUGCUCUGCCAUAAAUGCUUUCGGAGAGAACUGGUGCCCGUCAGAGAUAACCCGCCUGGUGGCUCGGAUCCUCGCCAAGAAGAAAACACAGAAAGAAAGAUGUGCUUCUGAGAAGAUCUUACUCAUAGAAGAGAUACAAUCACACGUGGAGGACGUAGAUAAUGACAAAAGAGACAUAAAUGAAACAGAUAUUGCCGGACUGCAUCGUUUUUUCUCCAAGCACUUGGAGCUGCCCGACCAUAAAGACCUUCUUACACUCUUUUCCCAGGUUGCCUGUAAUGGUUUCACGAUAGAGGAUGAUGAGCUGUCCCACAUGGGGACUGCAGUCUAUCCAGACGUGGCCCUGAUCAACCAUAGCUGUCUUCCCAGCGUCAUUGUCACAUUUAAAGGGACGUCGGCUGAGGUUCGGGCGGUGCAGAACAUGAAGCCCGGUGAUGAAGUGCUCAUCAGCUACAUAGACCUCCUCUAUCCAACAGACGAACGCAACAAAAUGCUAAGAGAGUCCUAUUACUUCACCUGUGAUUGCAAGGAAUGUAAAACCAGGUCCAAGGACAAGACUAAGUUGAAAGUGCGUAAGCAGAGUGACCCCAUCGAGCCGGAGGUCACCAACAACAUGGUGCGAUACGCCAGGAAAACCAUGAGGGAGUUUCAGGCCUUCAAACAUGUAAAAACCCCUAGUGAGCUGCUGGAGAUAUGUGAACAGAGCCUUGAGGAAAUGGGGUCUGUCUUUGAUGACGCCAACGUCUACAUGCUCCACAUGAUGUACCAGGCCAUGGGGGUUUGUCUCUAUAUGGAAGAUCCACAUGGAGCCAUAAGAUACGGAGAGAAGGUCCUCAAACAUUACAGCAAGCUGUAUCCACCCUACUCUUUGAAUGUGUCCUCCAUGUACCUGAAGUUGGGCAGACUGUACAUGGGGCUGGACAAGCAGUCAGUGGGCGUUUCCGCUCUCAAGAAGGCAAUGGCUAUCAUGGAGGUGGCUCAUGGGAAGGAUCACUUCUACAUAACAGAGCUACGCAAAGAAAUGGCUCGAAAAUGAAGAUAAAGGAAAUAAAUGGUUGAGCAUUCAUGUUUUUAUGCAACGUUUUAAGUAAUAAAAAUAAUCUGGGAUUUUUGAA